CGGUGCGUUUCUAAUUCAUCUUUUUUUUUUUAUUUCUAAAUGUGUAUUAUAUAAGCCUUCUAGAAUCCAACAUUGAGCACCACAUCAGACCGUCGUAUCAAAGAAAACAAAAUGAAGAUCGCAAUCUGUCUAUUCCUUGCUAUCUGUAGCGCUGUAAGCGCCUCCUAUAAAGGUGGAUAUGGAGGAUAUGGUGGAUACGGAGGUGGUGGAUAUGGCGGCGGUGGAUAUGGAGUAGGUGGAUAUGGAGGAGGUGGAUACGGCGGUGGAGGAUAUGGAUAUGGACUAGGAGGUGGAUAUGGAGUAGGAGGUGGAUAUGGAGGAUACGGAGGUGGAUCAUACGUAGGAGCCGGACACGUAUACGUUGUUAGAGGAGGACCAUAUUAUGGCGGUUAUGGUGGAGGAUUUGGCGGCGGAUACGGAGGUGGAUAUGGUGGUGGAUAUGGUGGUGGAUACGGAGGUGGAUUAGGAUAUGGUGGUGGAUACGGAUACGGUGGAUACGGUGGUGGUGGAUACGGCGGUGGUUAUGGUAGUUCAAAGAAAGGCGGUUAUUAUUGAAGAUCCUAACCAAGAAUGAGCAAUGGAUGAUGAUUUAACAUUUGUCUUAAAAUAUAACCUUCGCAUUUAA